AUGACGACAAAUUAUGCUUUUACAGUUCAAGACUAUGUUAUAUUUGUGGCAACGGUAUUGUGUUCAUUCCUGAUUGGAAUAUGUUUUGCACUGUGGGAGCGAAAAAAGAACCACAACAGUCCGGAGGAAUACUUCUUAGCCGGCCGCAAAUCCAGGCUCCUGCCAGUGACUUUAUCAUUCAUCGUAACUUUCCAAUCGUCUAUCCUCAUGUUGGGAUUUCCAGCAGAGGUGUAUCUCUAUGGUGCUGUCUACGUUUACUUCCUGCUUCCCAUAGUUAUCGCUCUCACAUUCAGCGCUUUCAUCAUUGUUCCCGUCUUCUAUCCUCUUAAGCUAACGACCGUUUACGAGUACCUUAAUUUACGUUACGGCAAUAACGUUCUUCGCUACGUUACUAUGACAGUGGGCAUUGUCUAUAAUAUCUUCUACAUGAGUACGGUCACAUAUGGAACGUGCGUGGCCCUAGAGGUUGUGAUGGGGCUACCUUAUUGGUUAACCAUCGUCAUCUAUACGACCGUUACAACAGUUUACACCUCCAUCGGUGGAAUAAAGGCUGUCAUUUGGACUGACGUUUUGCAGUUUGUUAUUAUGACAACUGGCAUAUUGGCGGUUACCGUAAAAGCUAUCAUAGAAGUUGGUGGUAUAUCGCAAGUACAAAAAUACAGCGAGAGUCGUAUGAAUUUCAACCAAUUUGGAUUUGACCCACGAAUACGUUACACGUUCUGGAAUUUGGGGAUAACAUCUGUACCUAUUUGGUUGUAUAUAAGUUACAUGCAACCUGCGAUGCAAAGAGUAUACUCAACACCAGACGUAAAGACCGCAAGGAAUAUGUACCUCAUUUCCAUUCCUGUUUACGUACUCAUGUGUCUUGGUACAAUGAUCGAAGGAGUGGUCAUCUUUGCGUACUAUUCGUCGAAGGGUUGUGACAUUUACAAUGGUGGGAUAAUAAACAAUAUCAACCAGCUUGUACCUUACACGGUAUUAGAGCUGUUUGAGGAUAUCCCAGGACUACCAGGUCUAUUCAUCGCCGCGUUAUCCAGUGCUGCAUUUAGCACACUGUCUUCGUGUCUCAGCUCCCUCUCUGCAAUUGUGUAUGAAGACAUCAUAAAAGUCCGAAAUCCAAACAUUAGUGCACAAGUAGUUACAAACAUAUCACGGAUAGUGACUAUUCUGUUCGGGUUGCUCGCGCUAGCAGUGACGUUCCUGAUAUCAAAUCUACCGGGAUCAGUUGUCUCGCUAUUUUCGAGUUUUGUAGGUUGUAUGGAAGGCCCGACAUGUGCAAUAUUCAUUUUGUCUGCGUUCAGCCGAAGGGUGACGACAAAGGGAGUGUUGUUUGGAGCGAUGUGUGGUAUGUCCAUAUCCCUUUGGUUGAAUCUGGGAAACAUCUUCUCUGAUGUUCCCGCAUAUACCCCUCUUCUCCCUGCAGGUCCGACAAAUUACUGCUCAAUAACGCCCAAUUUCACUUCCCUAUCCACAGUUUCACCACACGGGUAUUCGACAACUACCAGCUUGCCACAUGACGAAACAUCGACGAGUGUUGUUCACGCAACCUUCAGCAUUUCGGGGCUGCAGGAGUUUUACCGAAUAUCAUUUAUGUAUUAUUCAUUUAUUGGGCUUACUGUUUCUGCUGUUGUUGGAUUCUUAGCGAGUUUGUGUUGUGAAGCACCACGACAUGUGGAGACAAGGUGUCUGUUUGAAUUUCGUAAGCAUGUGUUAGGCAGACGAUCAGACAAAAAGAGCGAGGUAAUUACUGCCAAAGUAAACGAGGAAGAAGCGCUUAUGUGA